GAAAAAAACACAACAACAAAAAAAAGUAAAACACAUCUUGGAGAUCAAACAAACGCAAACUCAUUCAUCGUCGCCUUCUCAAUAUGGCCGGAAGAGCAGCGAUGCUCGUUAAUGUCGGAACGGUUGUAAUGACCGUUUUGACCCUGGCUAGUUUGGUCGGAGGCUUCGGUGUGAAUUGGGGAAACAUCGCAUCGCAUCCGUUGAACCCUGACAUUGUUGUUAGGAUGCUUAAGGACAAUAAGAUCAAUAAGGUGAAGCUUUUUGACGCCGAUUCAUGGACGAUGAAUGCUUUGGCCGGUACGGGCAUGGAGGUUAUGGUCGGAAUCCCUAAUAACCUUCUAGAAACUCUAGCCGAAGAUUACGAUAAUGCUAAAGAUUGGGUCAAAGAAAAUAUCACGGCUUACAUGCGUAAGGAUGGCGUCAACAUCAAGUACGUGGCCGUGGGGAACGAGCCGUUCUUGUCAGCAUACAACGGAUCGUUCUUGAAAACAACGUUUCCAGCGUUGAAGAACAUUCACAGGGCGUUGAAAGAAGCUGGACACACCGAUAAAAUGAAAGCCACGAUCCCACAAAACGCUGAAGUUUACCAAUCAGCCAACGAUAAGCCAUCAGAAGGAGAUUUCCGCAGCGACGUGAAGCAAACAAUGCUCGACAUCGUCAAGUUCUUCAAAGAUAACGAUUUACCUUUCACCGUCAACAUUUACCCUUUCCUUAGUCUUUACCUAAACCAACAUUUUCCCUUCGAGUUCGCUUUUCUCGACGGUGAUGGUCAGACGAUUCCUGAUAAUGGAAAGAAUUACGAUAACGUGUUUGAUGCGAAUUACGACACGCUAGUUUACGCGUUGAGGAAAGCUGGGAUUAAAGAUAUGAAGAUUAUCGUUGGGGAGGUUGGAUGGCCAACGGAUGGUCAUAAAUAUGCGACGCCGAAGCUAGCUGAGAAAUUCUAUGCAGGGCUAAUGAAAAGACUCGCCAAGGAUGGUGGGACUCCUUUGAGACCUGAAAGAUUAGAAGUUUAUCUCUUCGGUUUACUCGACGAAGACAUGAAGAGUAUUCUUCCUGGACCCUUCGAGAGACAUUGGGGAAUCUUUAGAUACGAUGGGACGCCAAAGUUUAUGCUAGAUUUCACGGGACAAGGACGCAAGAUCGUGCCCGUGGGAGCGAAAGGUGUGCAAUACAUGGAUAAACAAUGGUGCGUGGUGAACAAAGACACAAUCAAUCUAGAGGAAGUUGGUCCGGACCUAGACUACGCGUGUUACCACGGUGACUGCACCGCGAUGGAGGGCGGGUCAACAUGUAGUAAGCUAGACAAAAUCCAAAACAUAUCAUACGCAUUUAAUAUGUAUUUCCAGAUUCAGGGCCAAGACGUUAGGGCUUGUGAUUUCAAAGGAGCAGCUAUGAUUACUAAGAACAAUGCAUCCGUGGGAAGUUGCUUGUUCCCUGUUCAGAUUGUUAGUGCAAGUGACGAUUUCAGGAUCAGCUUUGUCUUCGGAAGGUUCAUUGUCGUCGGACUUGUUCUUCUUGGACUAGUCACGGCUAUAUAAAUUGUUU